AUGAGAUCUUCAACAAUGAUGGGGCUAAGGCAUUGCAUGGUUUGUGUCAUGGUCUUUAGUGCCAUCGCGGCUACAGUGACAGCAUAUCCUUACUCAACCGCUCCCGAGCCAAAAUACAAUUCUCCGGUCCAUGAACACAAAGCACCUCAUCCACCAAAAAAGUAUUCACCAUAUUACUCGACGUCACCACCUUCUCCACCAUACUACUCUCCAUCCCCAAAAGUUUACUACAAUUCUCCACCACCACCAUACGUCUACAGCUCCCAACCUCCACCAUACUACUCUCCUUCCCCAAAGGUUGACUACAAGUCUCCAGCACCACCAUACGUCUACAGCUCCCCACCUCCACCAUACUACUCUCUUUCGCCAAAGGUUGACUACAAAUCUCCACCACCACCAUACGUCUACAAGACCCCCUACUAUUGA